UUUGAGCAAACCUUCGAAGCAGUGGGACUAAUAAAUUGUCCACCAAACCACCACACAGACACUCUCUUCUUCAACUUUUCAUUCUCUUGUUUUGUUCCAAUCCUGAAGCAGAUCUGGCAAUGUCGCAAGGAUUCGCAAUCGAACUAUACCUAGACCCAGCGCUUGAGAAUCAGGUUCUGAAAGCGUGGAAUGUUCUCGCGCGGAGACAAAUCAGCACACACCUAAUCGAAAUGGAGUCACGGCCUCACAUAACCCUAUUCUCCACCCCCUUUCUAGAACCUUCCAAAUUGGAACCUCUCCUCAGAGCCUUCGCCUCCAAGCACGACCCUCUCCCUCUCUCCUUCUCAUCCCUCGCCACCUUCCCCAACGACGCCGACAACCUCUUCUUCCUCGCCCCCACUCCCACCCUCGCCCUCCUCCACCUUCAGUCACAGCUCUGUGACGCUAUCAGAAAAGAAGGCGUCGAAAUCGGUGAUGACUAUGCCUUGGAUUCUUGGAUUCCGAAUUGCCCCGUGGCGCGCCACGUCCCCAAGCAGAGGUUGUCUGAGGCAUUCACUCUCUUGAGGGAACUCAAGUUGCCGGUUUCCGGUUACGCUGACGUAAAAACCGACUUAGAUAUGAUCAUUCAUCUACGACGGCCUUAUCUAAGUCGGUUUUAA